ACGAAGAGGAGGCACGUCAGCGCUCCGACUUCCUCCCGACGCCGCCUCUGAUUGGCUCCUGGGCGUAUCAGAAACCGGUGAAUGAGCGGCUGACCCUUACAGAAACUUGCUGGAGGUAUUUGGGUGGCACAGACCUUUCCUCCGCGUCCGCCCGCGGGCCGAGCCGGGGGAGGAUGAGGUCGUCCUGUGUCCUGCUCACCGCCCUGGUGGCGCUGGCCGCCUAUUACAUCUAUAUCCCCCUACCCAGCUCCAUGUCCGAUCCCUGGAAGCUGAUGCUGCUGGACGCGACUUUCCGGAGCGCACAGCAAGUGAUGAGAAAGCAAGACACAGAGAAGUUUAGUAACUUGCCCAAGUUCCCAGCACUGAGCAACCUGAUACACUGCCUGGGCCUGAGCCAUCAUCUGCUCGCACUGAAUUUUAUCAUCGUUUCUUUUGGCAAGAAAAGCGCAUGGUCAUCGGCUCAGGUGAAGGUGACCGACACUGACUUUGAUGGUGUGGAAGUCAGAGUGUUUGAGGGCUCCCCCAAGCCAGAAGAGCCUUUGAAACGCGGCGUUGUUUACAUCCACGGAGGAGGCUGGGCUUUGGCUAGUGCAAAAAUCCGGUAUUAUGAUGAACUGUGUGCAGCAAUGGCUGAAGAACUGAAUGCUGUCGUUGUGUCCAUUGAAUACAGGCUAGUUCCAAAGGUUUAUUUUCCUACACAAAUUCAUGAUGUUGUGCGUGCCACGAAAUAUUUCCUGCAGCCGGAAGUCUUACACAAGUAUUCGGUUGACCCAGGCAGAAUUGGCAUCUCUGGUGACAGCGCUGGUGGAAAUUUGGCCGCUGCUGUGGGCCAGCAGUUUAUUCAAGAUGCCAACCUCAAAAACAAGCUCAAAGUGCAAGCUUUAAUUUACCCGGUUCUUCAAGCUUUAGAUUUUAACACACCCUCUUACCAGCAAAACAUGAACACGCCAAUCCUGCCCCGUUAUGUCAUGGUGAAGUACUGGGUGGACUACUUCCGAGGCAACUAUGACUUUGUCCAGGCAAUGAUAGUUAACAACCACACUUCACUUGACGUGGAAGAGGCCGUUGCCCUCAGGGCCCAUCUAAACUGGACGUCCCUCUUGCCUGCCUCCAUCACAAAGGACUACAAGCCUGUCGUGCAGACCACUGGCAACACCAGGAUCGUGCGGGAGAUCCCUCAGCUGCUGGAUGCCCAGGCAGCCCCACUCCUCGCCGAGCAGGAAGUCCUGCGGCACCUGCCGAAGACCUACAUUCUGACGUGUGAGCACGACGUCCUAAGAGACGACGGGAUCAUGUAUGCCAAGCGUCUGGAGAGCGCAGGUGUGGAGGUGACCCUAGAUCAUUUCGAGGAUGGCUUCCACGGCUGCAUGAUUUUCACCAGCUGGCCCACCAACUUCUCCGUGGGAAUCCGGACUAGGAAUAGUUACAUCAAGUGGCUGGAUCAAAACCUGUAAACGAGUCACAUUUCUAGAAUGCUUGAGCUCUUGACCUCCUGCACCUGCUUUGGAAAGAGAUGCACUUUUUAGUUGACUGAUUUCCCCUUGUGACUUGUGAGUGAUGGAAUCUCUAUUCCUUACAUACUUUAUGUUAAUGGAAUUUUUGGAAAUGUGUUUGACAAACGUACGUACAAAAUGUCGGAAGCUGGUUCUUAAAGUGGGCCAGUCUCUCUGUUCUUGUUGUUUUAGCCAAACUGCUACCAAUACUCAUGGCUGCAGACAGCAGGACGAGGAGCUGAAAUAGCUUUGGGUUCUGUCUUCAUCAAGAAAUUCUUUCUAGAAGAAAUUCUUCCAGCUGUGGAUGACAUUGUGACCUUUAAUGAGUAAAGAAAAUGUGGGCUUUUCUUCAACUUGCUAGGGUUUACUUUAAAUUCGGAGCAGUGUUACUUGUGUUCAUGUACAGGUCAGUGCUGGGUACCAAGUGCCCUCUGUUCUUUUAUGGAUAGAUGGUUUUGUUUCCUAUGGGAAUUUCAGCAAAGGCGUUCUAGCAAGGACAAGUUUCUCAAAUGACUUUCUUCCUUUAGAGCAUUAAUUUUAUGGGAUAGCUCUCUGUAAGUCCAGUUGGAUUAGGACGAUACUUGAAAGUUACUUUCUACCACUAUUAUUAGAAAAUAUAAAGUUGCAUGGACUGGAUACCUAUACAUUGUUAAAUUUUUUUGGUUAUGCUAUCUCCGUGGGGGAGAUCUUCUGGGAGCAAAUUCAUUUAGAUUUAGGAUAAAUUUUCCAUUACAGAACAAGUAAAAACAGACAAACUAACCAACCUAUAUAUUUUCAUAAUGAAUAUCUGAUGUAAAUUACCAAGAGCAGUGUGUAAUAUAUUUGGCAUAGUCAGAAAAGAAGAUACAUUUAAUAUUGAAAUUAUGAAAAAUAGCUUUAGAGUGUCUAGUUUAUUCUUGAAAACUCAAUUUUUUCACUUAUGUGGCUUUAAAAUGGGGCUAUUUUGGCAUAUAUAAUGUAUUGUUUAUUUUUUUAAGUUAUUUAAUGUUAAUAUAUGCAGCUAGACUUAAGAUUUUUCAGAAUAACAUCUAUAAUGAAUACUAAAAAUAAUGAUAUUUUUUAAAAACUACCUUAGAAUUAUAUCCACAUGUAAUUUUAUGGAAAGAGGUAAAGUAGCUAUUAAUACUACUACACAUUAGGCUUAAAUAUUUUGAUGUUUAUAUGCAAUCACAAAUGAAAAUAAUUAGAAACUAUGAGUACACCUGGUAAAGUCAUCUAAGUUUAUAGUUCAAUAACUUAGGUAAGACCCACGCUGCUCAUUUCUGUCCGCUAUGGUCAGAGGAACGCUAGCUCCUGUUCUCCUGGGGGAAGCAUACAUCGGCACCUGGUGCUUUCACCUCUUCUUAUCUCCUUCCAGCCUGGUCUUGAAGUUACAAUAGCCCGAGCUUGACUUCUUGUAAAGCCUUUACUGCCAGUGGGAACGUCUUUGGCAUAGCAAGGGACUCCAAUUCUGGGAACAUUUUCACUGCUUUGAAACGGGGGGCAAUUCCCACUUCUCCAAUCAAAACAAUGAAAAUGUGCACCCUUAUUUCUCAUUUAUUGUACAAGCCAGUAGCAUUUUAUGUACAAAAUGUGUGUGUAUGUGUGUGUGCCUGUGUGUGUAUAAAAAAUAAUCAUGCAGAUUAACAUGCUAAUGGACGGAGACAAGUGAUUUACCAUCUCUGGGCCUUUUUUUCCUUUCCUCUAAAAUAAGCGAUUUAAAUUACUUAAUCUACGAGGUCUCUUCCAACUGUAAAUUCCAACCAUUUUGUCAGACUGGCAAAUUGUAUUGGCUUCUUCUCCAGUGUUUUGUUUUUUUGUUUUCUGGGCAGCUUUUUGUAGGUCAUUUUUUCAUAUACAUAGACACAAAUAUCAUCAAAGAUUUUUUUUUCUAAAAAUCCAGGAUUUUGGUUCUUACUCUUUGACAGCUACUCUCCUCAUUUAAUACUAUUGGGGUUAUUUUUUAUACCAUUUGAAGGGACCAACAUCUGGGCCUUAGUUUGAGGUUAUCUCUCUCUAGAAAGACAAGGGAAAUAUACAUUCAAAGAGUUUCUUAAAAUGGCAUAUGUUCCCCCAGAAUUAUGAGCCAAAUGCUAUAGUAAUUACAGAUAACAAAUGAUUCUAGAUCUUUAAAGGUUCUCUUGGAUGAAAAGGGAGUGGAAGAAAAAGGGUCAACCACUGUUUCAAAUGAACACUUGAUCUUCAUUAAAGCUUUUAUGUGUGUGAAUAAUUUGUCCAAUGACUUGCACUGGAACCCACCUCAGGCCUUGCUUGAAGUUCUUUCUUGAAAUUCUCCCUGGAAAAUAACAGUUGGGAAUCAGGAUACACAAAAACCAGUAGGUAUAAGAGAGGUUAAACCAAUCAAAAAUCUAAGUGCUGUGAACUCCUUUGGGAAGCCUACUGAGUUUAUGGUGAAGAUAUUUUAGUGGGGAGGUGAAUUUGCUUUCAAUUGGUGUUCUUAUAUUUAAAAAGUUUAUGCUCUGCAGAUUGAUUUUAUAGUAUGAUGGCUUUGUUUCAUUUUCUCAUUUUAUGAAAAAGUUGAUAGUCUUUUUGUAAUAUUGUUGCUUGUGAAACAUGAACAUAGAUAUAUGAAGAAAAAACCUUGAAGUGCUACAAAUAUCGUGGAGUGUAAAUUAGUCUUAAUGUUUUAUCAUUGAUUUGUGAAGAAUUUGAGACUAUUGUAUAAUUAUCUUGGUGGCUGUGAUAUUUUAUGCAUGACCUUUUAACCUUUGACUUUUUGUUUAUUUCCCACUGCCAAGAGGAAGGCAGAUUUUAUGAAGGACUUUGGUAGCGAAUCUAUUUUAUAAGAUGAAAAUCCAGGGUGGAGAUCGGAAAGUCUGUAUUUGUUUCAACUCAAGUUUAGAAAUAAAAUGGCUCCAUUUGGGAAUGUG